CUGCUCUCGCUCCCUCCCUCCCCCCUCCUUCAGCCCAGCAGUGGUACGCUCCGUGUUGGACGCGUUCAGCUCAUUGACCGGCGGACAAUCCUCAUCAGUACCACCAGAGCCCCCGGAGCCUCCGACAAGUCGGCCCUUCAUUCCACCCCACAAAGCGAGCAGCCGCCUCCAACCUCCCCGUCCGGCCAUGAAACAGACUCUGAGCGAACUGAUGAGGAUGAGCAGGAUUUGCCGCAUGGUUUUUGCCACUUGUUUGGGAUCCUUUAUUCUGGUCAUCUUUUAUUUCCAAAGUAUGUUCCAACCAGUCAUGCGGAGGAACCCCUUCAUGGUGGACGGCUGCUGUAGGAAAGGUUCCCGCAAUGCCCUGCAGGAGCUCUACAACCCCACACAGACGGAUUUGUCAGGAGCUGCCGUCCUCCACCAGGCAAGGAGGGAUCAGGUAGUAGAUGCCUGUCGGGUCUACAGUGCGUCCAGUCGCAAGCGGAGAGUCCUGACGCCCGGAGACCUCAAGCAUCUUGUCGUGGAUGAGGAUCAUGAGCUAAUCUACUGCUAUGUCCCCAAGGUGGCCUGUACCAACUGGAAGCGUGUCAUGAUGGUGCUCACAGGGCGGGGUAAAUACAGUGACCCAAUGGAAAUCCCUUCCAAUGAAGCCCAUGUUCCAUCCAACCUAAAGACACUGAACCAGUACAGCAUUGCCGAGAUCAAUCACCGCCUCAAGAACUACCUCAAGUUUCUCUUCGUUCGUGAGCCUUUCGAGAGGCUGGUCUCCGCAUACCGCAACAAGUUCACCCUCAAGUACAACUCGUCCUUCCACAAGCGCUUCGGCACCCGCAUAGUCCGGCGCUACCGCAAGAACGCCACGCAGGAUGCCUUGCUCAACGGCGCCGACGUCAAAUUCAAAGAAUUUGCAGAGUAUCUGGUGGACCCGGCGACGCUGCGCGAUGGCCCUCUCAACGAGCACUGGCAGACAGUUUACCAGCUUUGCCACCCAUGUCACAUCCAUUACGACAUGGUGGGCAAGUACGAGACCCUGGAGGAGGAUGCAAACUAUGUCUUGCGGCUGGCGGGUGUCGGUGACUCCCUGCGCUUCCCGAGCUACGCCAAGUCCACCCGCACCACAGAUGCCAUGACGGCUCAGUUCUUCAGCAAUAUCAGCACUCAACAGCAGAUCCAACUCUACCAGCUUUACAAGUUGGACUUCCUCAUGUUCAACUACUCCAUACCCAGCUACCUGCGGCUGGACUAAAGGAGGACAGAGCAGGGACUCUGAGAUCGGCUGCCUCGUUCAGAGAGAAGGCACAAAAUGAGUGAAGGGCAGAAUUUAUUGGAGCAAACUUGAUUUAAAAACUGUUGUUGUACCUUACAGGCGUGGAGUCUGAAAUUGAUAUGUAAACAGGUGCUGAAAGAUUGAGGUAAUACGUGCUUUUCUGGGCAUAAGCCUGAGUAUGUCCAAUCAGCAGAUACAGAGAGCACCAAUUGGAUGAGAAUGUGACCCAAAUGGACCAAACGCAUGCAAAGACUUGAAUGUGUGGGUGAAGCAGGUCUUCAAAGUGUUUAAAAAAGGGGGACGUAUCGUCAGAGGACGGACUUGAAGAGGGAUUCUCCGGAUGGUGUUCCCUACAUGUUUAAACAAACUGCUGACAAAUUAGGCUGCUUCAAAUUCUGCAAAGCAAACAGCGGCCUCGCACGCGCCCUGACCCCAAUGCAUCGUGGGAGCUAAGCUUAUCUCCCCAACCCACCCCCAAUCAAUAGAGAAACUCCGUCAAAUUGUAAAACACAGUUCAUGUCCUUCGCUGCUCAGUCACCGCAGUGAGUUAGUGCUCAUUACCCUUGCCCUCAUUAGGUUCAUACAUUUCAGAGGGAAAUUGGCUCAUUAUGGACUCAAGGAUGCCCUGUAAUUGAUAGCUACUGAUUUCAAUCUCAACACCUCUACAGCUGUAACUGUGGUGGUGUAGCGUUCAGCCAACACUUUUAGCAAAGGAAGUUCUCACUGGUAUCUAUCAUCAUGACGCUGGAAGAAAGGAUCUCUUGUGUUACACCCCCGAGGACCCUGUGAAUUUAGACAUUCCUGCUGCAGCAGUGAAGUAUGGAAGUGCUUAAUAAAUCAUCGCCUGUAACACCAAACAUCCUUAACGCUUCGAGCUACAGGACGUGGAUGAGAAGAUAUGGGACACGUUCAGGUGGUCAGGUGCACCGGCUGUAGGCGACAAGUCUGCCGCUGAGCUGAAAGAAAAGGAACAGCCUGCGUGGUUGUGGAAAGGGUUAAAGGCACUGGAUCUCAUAAUCGCCAUGCCCCGCACAGGAGCUCAGUGGACACACAGGGGGGCUGCACACACACACACACACACACACACACACACACACACACAAGGCCCCUGCUCCAACAACCAAACAUGUCUUUCAGUAAUUUAAUAUUAUCCUUUUGUCUUCAUGUUUAUUUUUAUUGUGAUUAUGAAUCAUUGCUGCGAGCAGCAAUAACUGAAGAUUAUUUAAUUUGCUUUGUUAGUUAAACUAAGAGAGAAAGAUUUACUUUUUUUUUUUUUUCCUGAGCUGGUGAACCUUUUUUAGGACAUUUUGAACGAGUCGUACUGUUGUUGAGAGUUUGGUUUAUCAUGCUGGCUUCUCUUUUGCCUCUGUAUCAGUGCUUUUCCUUUCUGAAGGGUGCGCGGGACACUCAAGUCCACGGCUUUGUCCUUCUGUGCCUGAGAUUUAUGGGUUAUUUUCCGUUUCCUGUUGUCAUACAUUGGGUGCCAAAAUGGCUGAGAGCCUCAGAGAUAACAUCAGUCAGUGUUCGGCGCACAUCGCUGCCACUGAGCACGUUCACAAGGAGAUACCCGCACCCACUCACACAGCCUGAACUGAAGUAGAUGCUUCUCUCUACUGUACAUAUCAACAAUCAACUGUCCAUAUCACAGGGUCACAGACUGUAUCUCAUACUGUAAUGCGAUUAAUGAAAGCGAUGCAAAGUAGUGUCAAGGUUAAUAGCAGCGCUCGGCAUCACACUGUCAGUUGGAUCACAGGCUGUUUUGUAAGCAUUAGAUAGGUGGAGGUAGGCAGAGGUAGAGGAGUGAAAGGCCUGCCUCACACUAUUGAGGGAGAGAGUUUUUUCUAUACGCCUUUUAAAGCCGCCCCAAAGUAAAAGAGAAAAACUGCCUGAACUAGAAUCAUUAUUAUCAAUAUACAAAACCCCAGUAUGAAAAUACAUUGUAGGUGUUCUGCUGAAAAUGAUCACAUCUGACUCACCAGUUAGUGAUGCAACUGAUAUGUUUGGAUUGUCAGAUUGUAAAGCAGGCUUCAAAAAGGCCCAGGUUUUAUAUGAGGCAACUGUUACUCUGAAAUAUGGAAACACGCACCACUAAAGCACACUGCCAACUGAUGAUGAGGGGUCCUAAGGGUGGAUUACUCUAUGUACUACCUGAUCUUGAAAGGGUCCUGUAUUGCGACUCCCCUGAGAUUCUUGACCCUUAGGCGGCUCCGUUGUCAAAUUUUUUAAUUAUUAUGAAUUAAUUUGCAAUAAGAGAGAAAUAUGCACUACUUAAGCACACGCGGUGUCAAGUGUAUCACACAGAAGCCUUGCUUGUUACCGUGUAUCAGUUGGGAUUGGCUCUAGACGCCUGCAGCGACCUAAAAAGGAGAGUAGGAAUAGCUAAUGGAUGCAUGAUUAGCUCUGGGUAGUUCUGGUGUAUUACCUGCUCUUAGUGCUCAGUUGUGUCACAUUCACUUAGAUGGCUUACCAUCUCAAAUUUGUCUCCACAGGACCUAACCCUUACCCUAAUUGUAUCGUUAGUGUAGCCUAUUCCAUUAAAAUGAGUGCACAAACAGUCUGAUUUAAAUGUGGCUUUGCUACCCUAUUUAAAGAGGCAUUCCGUUUUUUGUUGCGUGACUUCGCCUAAAAGGUUAUUUCAGCCUUAGCUAUCUUUUUUUAAACAUUGCAAACGUACAACCCAAGGUCUGCAUUGCUAGCCUAUAAACUGUCUCUGAUGGCUGUAGCGCUAGACUGAACGUGCGUCUACAUGCACAGAAGGGUUUUAAACGAGAGAACAGCCCACGCGCAAACAUCUGGCUUUAAUGAAGUAAAGAAGCUACUGACUUGGCCUGCAGCCCCGGCCCUGGUGCGACCACAGAAACAAUGGCUAUAUUCUCAGGACGACCUCCUCCUGGGUCAGCCACACAAAAACACACACAGAAUUGGCCUACACGUUAGCGCUCCCGCUGAUGUUAAUGCCACGCGGCAUCUUACUCAGCAGUCGUAGGUAGGUAGGUAGAGGCACAGGCACAGUUUCCCCGGCCGAGGCGUAAACUGCUCAUUUAGGCCCUAGAACGAAAGAUGAAUGAUACACAAAGGACCUCUCAGCCUGCAAACAAGCCAUUACAGAGGCCUGUCCUCUCCUUGCCCCAUUUCGUUCACUGCUCUAAAGUUGCCUCCUUUUUUCUGUUCUUUUUUUAACAGAAGCAAGUCAGAGCACAUGAUCCCUACUGUCCAUGCAGGAAAAGGACAGCUUGCUUAAACAAACAGAGCUGCUGUCGAAAAAAAAAUACCCACAGGGAAUCAAGCAAAGACUGAGAGGCCCCCGCUGAGUCUUUGCCUGUGAUAAAACGGAAGCAGCCUCGUUUCCAGUGUUUUUGUCUCUAUUCUUAACUCCCUGAAUUCAGUCCUGUUCACUGCUCACUGUGUUUGCAUUCAAGCAAAUGGCUCCAUUCAUGCUGUUUUUGAACGAUGUCUACUGUUAGACUGAACUACAUAUUUGCUGUUUUGCUGAAAGGAACACAGGAAAUCUUCUGAACAUAUCCAGUGUUUUUCUUUAAAGGACAAGUCAGUAAUGUGAUUUGUACUCAGACUUUUGCUACUGACGCUUAGAUAAAAACAUGUAAAUACAGUGCAGAAUAAUGUCAAUCUGGGAAAUGCAACUGAAAGCAAAGGACAUUUUGGGUGCUUUCACACCGAUGUGUCCCUCAAUGCUGCAUUCUUGCAAAAUGUUUCAGGAUUGGUCAAAAUUUUGCAAGGGAAAAUUAAGUUUCAGGAAAUCAGGAAAUGGAACAUCAGCUUCAAGUCUCGAAGCUUUGAUCAAGCUUCACAUUGCUAAUGAACUGCUCCGAGACAGAUUACAGUCAGGCUGAGACCACCCACUCUAACCAGGCUCACCUCAGUUCAUUAGCUCCAGAACCGAGUGUGAUUGCUGUGUUGACACAAACAAAAACAAACUGACCCAAGGAAUAAAUGCUCCUGGUUUCAAAACAAUGACCUCCGUGUGAAAGCACCCAAAAACAUUUGGUACCACUUGUCUGUUUUCAGCUACGAGAGCCAGCUUAGCUUAGCAUAGUAUAACAACAGGAAACGGAAGAGCUCGCUGAACUGUACCAAGGAUGAACAAGGCUAAUGCUGAUUUCAAUAGGCUAAAAUUGUCAAUGCCAGUAUGGCGAUAACAAGUAACAAAUGAGAUAGUCUUACCUCAGCAUAUUAGCUUCCUAAUAUCCAUUACUUUACACAGAACAUAAUUUACUGCUGAUGAAAAUAUUGAACAAACCAAGUAAAUUGGCAUUCAAUUGGGUAGCUACAACCUCAUCUAAUGGCACAUUUAAAGUUCAUGUUUGCUGUUUUCUAUUGUUUAAACCUUUAUGCUAAGUUAAGCUACGCUAACCUGCUGCUAGCCGUGCAUAUCUCACAGAUGUGGUAUAAAUUUAUCUAAUCUGUCAGCAAGCAAGCAAAACAGUGCAUUCUCUAAAGCUGUAACUGAAAAAAAUGUUUAUUUAAACUGUCUUAUAGUGUUACAAAUAUGUAUAUAGUUUCAGGGGGUUUCACUUUUGUUCCUUUCAGCAGAGUAUUUCUUAACACAUUUGAGCAGAAAUCACAUCACACCUCACAUCAUUGGCACAGAGGGACAAAGCCAGAAACUUUUCUUAUAUUCCUCCUCUGCCUGUGUCUUGUUGGGCGUAUCUAUGGUCCCAGCGCAGGACAUUUUUGUACAGUGUGGACACGAUGUCAUUCAUUCUGCUGUUUUUGAGCUGUCAGGUUCGAUGUGAUACGACAGGCUGCCUCGCACGCACGUACACGCGGACACACAUCACUGCUGCUGUGUGGCGCUCUUGUUUCGCUGUGCCUUUCAUUCACGGCGGCACAGAGACAUUGAAGAAAAAAAAAAAAAAGAGGCAGAGCAGCUUUCCCCCACAGUCGGCUGGGCUGUCAGGACAAUGGUUCUGUUAUCAGCUAAAAAAAAAAAAAUAACUGGGACAAUUCGAGAGUUUUGAGUUCAACCCGAGAAAUAAUGGCAGGAGAUGUGUGGAACAUGCAAAAUUAGCCUCCAAACUACAAAUGUGAAAUGAUAAAUUCAUAAAUUACACAUCACAUUAUACAGACCUAGGUACUUCCUUUAGCUACUGACAGAUCAUGGGUUCAUAUUUUGGAUUUGCCAAACUAGUUGACAGCGCAAAAAACUAAAAGAGUCUUCCAUUUUUUACAGUGUAAACAUUUAUUAUUAGCUUCUGUUGUCUUCUACGUAGAUUUUUCAUGACAACGGAGACAUAAAACAACAAAAACUCCAACAGGAACCAUCCAAGUUCACGCCAAAGUGACAAAACUUUUAGGUCAGUGUCUACAUGUACAGGCGUGUUUUCAAUUCCAAGAGAACUCAAUUUACACUCUUCAAAUUCACUGCUCACAUGGCACACCACAGUACUUGCCGGCAUACAUGUUCUCACUCCAAAAUCACACAAUUGAGCACCUGCAGAGGCUCCAGCCACAAUUGGAAAGAGCUCCUAUGUGGUAGAAAACCAUUUCUGGUAACACACAAUUUGGAUUUCAUUAUUCAACACUUAUUUGAUACUGAGAAAAAAAAUGCAUAAAGCCCAUCCAGAAAAAAUUGGUUGGCAAUAUUUACUGGAGCAUUUGCUGGAGCUGGAGCAUGUGGCCUUGAGUUCCCAAUGGAUAGACUUCAGAUCAACUUUCCGCUAAAAACAAUCUAGCUAGGCUAAAGAAUCUCUUCUGUUCGUUGUACUCGUGACAAUGACAAUAAAGAUCUAUCUAUCUAUCUAUCUAACAUCCACUCAGCAUAAAAUGGAACAAAUGUCUCAAAACCUGACAAACAUCUUAAUUAAAAUUAAAGAACAUAAUUUCAGCUUAUUACAACAUCAUAUUUUUUGCUUCCAUAUGCCAGUUUGCUGCCACCAACAUCGCCACAACAGAACAGUGAUACACAAGCUGUCACAGAAUCAAACUCAAUCAAACUCAGCUGAAACCUCCAACUGCUCAUGUUAAGCCAUUAAAGUACUUUAGAAACAGCUAAGCAACCUAAAUGCCAUUUUCCUAACCAGCUAGCUAGCUAGCUAAAAAACUGAUGGAAACAGCACAAAGACGACACUGACCCAGAUGCUGUUGUGAGAUUGUUUACAGAAAUACCCGAUAUAAGGACACAUUUAUUUAGUUCUUAUGAAAAAUGGAAGGUUUGAGUUUCUUCAGAGAGGAUCGUGGCUGUUAGCAAAUGGUUUGUUGAAAGUAUUUUAACUGCAGCUAUGCAGAAGUGUCACUUGAAGUGUGUGGCCAUUCAAAAUAGAGCGCUUGUUCAGUUCAGCGGUAUAACAGUUAUAUUUCACUGUUCAGUUAUCUUAAAUAUCAUUUUAAUUGACACAUACUUCAAGCAGCAAGUCAAAUACAUCUUCAGUUGGAGGUUGAUACUUUAUACAAACUAUGUUAUAACUUUUGUUUUGUGAUAUCCAUGUUUCGAGAUCUAAAUAGUGGAAACAAACUUAUCACCACUAAUGACUAAAUAUGGCCAAAAACUAGAAGAUAUGCCUGUAAAUUGUCAUUUAACAAAGCUGCAUUACAUGCAUCUCUCUCCUGAGAAGGUUCGUGCUGUUGAGUCUUAAUAUUAUAGAACGUGUUCAGUGGGACACAAAAGCGAAAUCUGCUAAGUUAGUCUGCGUUUUUGUUUCACAUGUCUCUGUGUUGCCCUGACAUUGUGCACAGCAUGUCCUCCUUCAGUAAGCAGCGGCUCACACACCUCCAGCGCUCAGAGCUGCUUCACAUGCUGCCAGAUAAGCGUGAGUGUCGUGCAGUAACCCGUGCAGGAAUGUGUGCGACCAUUCGAGGAAUGAGUCCUAAUAUCAUCAUGUGUCCGAUACCGAAUUUAUUACCAUGUCAUCAGCAUUUUCCACAACCUGUGUAAAAUGCUGCAACCAAUGGUGUAUUUAAAAAGUUGUGCUGCUGGAUGGUGGCUUCGUGUAGGUGGUGGUGUGUGUGUGUGUGUGUGUUUGUGUGUGUGUGUGUAUGUGUGUGUGUGAACACUCUGCUGUACCCGCUCAGCCUUAGAAGGAAGGUCUCCGAGGAAGGCGAGACACUUGUUCCAACAUGCGCCAUUUAUUUAUUUAUUUAUUCUCAGACAACUACCCGUACUGCUUCCUCGCUAUCGCCAUGGCAACACACCUAAACUCUCCGCAUCUCGCGUUUUUUUAUUGUUUUUUUUUUCCUCCCGGGACGGCCUCCCGCUGUUCUGCUCUCACUCCGUUCAUUUUUUUUUUUUUUCCAGGCGUACUUCCAAAAUCAUGAAUAAUUGACUGCGUACUGUAUGUACACUGAGUGUGGGAGAGAGUGGUGUGGGUCCUGCAGCAGCACGGCCGGCGGUUCAUUUCUGUCUGAUCAUUUCACAAUAAAAUAACACUGAAACUCA